GGCCAAGAUUUGCUACCUGUUUUGUUUAUUGCUGUACUCCUGGUGUGGAAGAUGGUGCCACUGAGAUGAGGGAAAGCAAAAGUCCCAAUACAGUAAACAGAAGAAAAGAGCUGGAGCGCUGAGACCAAGGGCUAAAGCUGGGAGACUGAAACAAUGCAGACCACUGGGGCGUUACUCAUUUCUCCAGCUCGGAACCGCUGUUGUACCUGGGGUCUAAUCAGGCCUGUAUCUGCCUCCUUCUUGAAUAGCCCAGAGAAUUCACCUAAACAGCCUUCCUAUAGCAGCUCCCCACUUUGGGUGGCCAGAUGGGAGUUCCAGACCAGUAUUGUCUCCCGGGACAUUGACAUAGCAGUCAAGUUGAUUGGUGCUGGGGCAGCCACAGUUGGUGUGGCUGGUUCAGGGGCUGGCAUUGGAAAAGCGUUUGGCAGCUUGAUCAUUGGCUAUGCCAGGAACCUGUCUCUCAGGCAGCAGCUCUUCUCCUAUGCCACUCUAGGCUUUGCCCUGUCUGAGGCCAUGGGGCUCUUCUGUAGAAUGGUCGCCUUCCUCAUCCUCUUUGCCAUGUGAGGCUCUGUGGGGGUCACCUGCCUGUGCAUGCUGCUGUGACUCCACGCCAUUCCUGCUUCUGCGGUGUGCUAAGCUUUACCAUUAAACACAACGUUUCUCUAAAAAAUGAAAAAAUAAAAUAAAAGA